AUGAUCUAAUAAUCUAGCGAUCCUAAAGAGGAAAUCACAAAUUUUUUCAAAAACUUAUAAGAAGAGAUUGAUGAAGGUAUUUUAGAAAAUGAUAAUGAAAUUUAAUAAUCGAUAGAGGAAAAACUGAAUAAUUUUGAAGGCGAUUUAAGAAUUGAAUUUUUAAAUUAAAUGCAUGAUAAAUUAAAAGGAAGAACUUUUUUAAAUUUAUCAUAAUUUUAAGUUAACAAUAAUAUAGUCAAUAACAAGCCUGGUGAAUAAAUAGACUUAAAAAAAUUAUAUAAUGAAGCUUUAUUGUAAAAGAACUACAAUAAAAUUUUUUAAGCAAUUAAAGAUCCUUAGUUUUGUGAAAUAAAUGGGAUACCUUUAGAAAUAAAAGAGUAUAUUGAUUCUUUAAAAAAUUUAGGGGAAAAUGUUCAACUUAUAUUUGACCUUUUUCAAGUUUAAAAAAAUAUAAUAUCAUAUUCUUUCAUUUAGAAUUUAGAACUUUUAUUAAGACUUUUUUAUUUAAAUGAUAAAAGAAUUCAUUAAUUUGUUGGCUCAUGUUUAUUAACAUAAAUAUAUGAAUUUGAAAAUUAUAUUGAUACUUUUAAAGAAACAUAUAAUUAAGAGUUUUAAUUAGUAAUUGAAAAAUUGGGAAAAGUAUAACUUAAAGAAGAGACUUCUUAACAAUCAAGGCAAAGUUUUAGUUAAAGUAAAAACAAUAAAAAUAUAUUUUAACUAUUUGAUCUACUUACAAUUGAUAUUUAAACUUAUAAUCAUAUAACAAUAAUUGAAUUUUUAGAACAUCUUACAAAUUUUAAUAUUUAAGGUAAUGAUGAAAAUUAAAUUAUACAAUAUUUUUUAUUUACAGAAAAUUUCAAUUGGCAAGUUGAUUUCUUAUAUUUUAAAUUAGUGAUUUACUUUUGGGUUAGAUAUACAGAAAAAUUUUAAUUAAGAGAGACCUUAAAAAAUUUUUAUGAGAAAAAAUUAUUAAGAUCUAAAAAUAAACUCCCCACUAUGGAAAGAGAAUUCAAAGAGAUAAAAAAAAGUUUAUAAGAUUUAAUUUUUCAAAAUUUAAUUCAUAAAUUUGUGUAUUUUAAUCAAUUAGAAGAUAAAAAAUUUAUUGAGAAUUAUAACUAAUAUCAAGUUAAACUGAAAAUUUAAAAAUUAAAAUAUGAAAAUUUUAAAUUUUAAACAUUAGAAAACUUUAUAAAUGAAUCUGAUGUUUAAACAUAAUAAAAUUAUAUAAAUUUUUUAAAAUUUUAUCAAUUGAAAAAUUUGAAACAAUUAACAAAAAUUGAAUUAACUUUUAUUUAAUUUGUGUCAACUACUCCUUUUACUAUAUCUACACAAUAGAUUCUUAAAGAAUGUUUUAAGAUUAAUGGAAAUUUAUUGGAUGUCAAAAAUAAAUUAAAAAAAGUAUUUUUAGAAAAAAUUUCUACUCCCAGUGAUAAAGAUUAAUGUUUAUUUUUAAAUAUUUUAAAUUACCUUUAUUCUUAAACUUAUAUAAAAUAAGAAGUAACAAACAAGCCUCUCAAAAUUAAAAGUUGGCUAGAAUAAAUUGAAUUAUUUAAUAAAUAACCUCUAAACUUAAACAUAAUACUUGAAGAAUUUAAUAUUUCACUUACAUAAGAAAAUAUAUAAAUUACUUAAUAAAAAAUUUUAGAAUGGUUAAAUGAUAUGAAAAAAGAUUAAAAGUUUAGAAAUUUACUUCCUUUUUUUUUUUCAUAUCAUAAGAAGAGGUGAACCAUGGUAAGACUUCUUAGAUUUAAUUACAUAAAAUAGAAAUGAAAUAAUUAAAAAUGGAAUUGAUUGUUUUAAUAUUAAAUCCUUAUUUUAAAUAUUAUUUAACAACUCAAAUAAAGAAUUAAAAGUUAUUUUAAUCAAAUAACAUUCAAAAAACUACCCUAUUCCUUUUAUUUAUAAAAACUCUUAACUUGAUAAUCCUUUAUAAAAUUUAGAUUUAUAUAAAUUUAACCAAGAUAUUUACUAUCUUUUGUAACAAGAUUUUACUAUAAUAAAUUGUUCAUUAAGUAGAAUACAAUAAAGAAUAGGGAAAACUUAGUUACUCAAUAAAAUAUUUUACAAAGAUGAUAAAUUUGAAAUUUGUGAUUCCUCUUUGAUAAAUAAAAAUACAAUAGAUUGUAAUUUUGACUUUUCUUUUAAUGGUAGCAGAAAUUAUUUAAUAGCUGACACACAUGGUUAAUUUGAAGAUGAUGUAUUAUAAUUAAUACUUCCUUUUUUUAAAUUAUGGAUAAUUUAAAUGAAAUCUGAAAAAGAAUUAGUUGAAAAUAUUUAUAGAGUCAAUAAACUAUUAAAAUAAAUAAAUAUUAAACCUUUUAUUUGUUUUAUUAUACGAGAUUCUCAAACAGAAAAAAUUAUUUAGGAUGAAAUCUAAAAAAUUGAUGCUCAAUAAGUUAAAGUUUGCUUAUUAAGUAAUCUUUAAUAGAUGGAUAAAUAAAAAUAAGAAGGAGAAAUAAAUAAAAUAAGAAAUAUAUUAUUAGAAAUUAUAGGAAAAGAAAAUGAAAAUAUUGAAGAAUCUUAAUUAAAAUUAUAAUUUCUUUAAGUUUGUUAAAAUUUUGGAAUGAAGGUUGAAGAAAUUCAUUAGGUUUAAAAAAUUGUAGAUGAACUAGAAAUAGAAUUAAAUAAAAUAUAAUCUGAAAAAGAAGGAUUUUAUAGUGGGAAAGCAUUUCCUUUAAGAUCAACAGAAUGGAAUCUUUAACAAUUGCAAUAGUAAAAGAUCAAAAUUGAUUUAUAAAUUAAAUAGAAUCAAUAAAUGUUAGAUUAAAAAGAAAGAUCAAUUUAUGAAUUUAAAAAAUAGAAUUCCUAAGAUGAUUUAAAAUUAUAAACAAACUUCAAUGAUAAAAAAAAAGAAAAAGAAGAUAUUUUAAACAAAUUAAAUUCUCUUAAUUAAGAAAAAGAGAAAAUAAAUUAAUUAACAUUUGAGUUCGAAUAGAAAAUGAAAAAUAUAAAUUUUAAUUAAUCUAAUUUACUUUAAAUAUUUAGUUCUAUAUUUAAGUUAGAUAAUUUUUAUAUUGGAUAUUUAUAGAUAGUUGAAAGUAUUGCCAAAUUUAAUUAAAUUAACAUUUCAUCUAUUGAGGAUUAAAUAAAAAAGUUAAAGGAAUAAGAAAAACAUGAUUAACAAUAAAGAGAAGAUUAAGAAAAACAUAAUUAACAAUAAUAAGAAAUCUAAGAAAAAGAAAUUUAAAUAUUGUAAGACAACUUAAAAUUCAAAAACAUUAGUAUUGAAUUGUUUUGGAGAGAAAUAAUAUAAGGAAAUUUUUAUUAAAUCUUAAAUUAUACAUAAACAAUUGUAAAAUUAAUAUAAAAAGGGGAACCUUUUGAAUUUUUAAAUGGUGAUGAUCUUAGUAUUAAUUUUAACUUUUUACGACAAUUAGGUUCUUUAUUAAUAAAAGAAUAAGAGAAUAAAAUAUUAGUAAUUAGCAUUUUAGGACCAUAAAGUUCAGGAAAAUCAACUUUAUUAAAUAAAAUAUUUGGUUGUCAUUUUUUAACAAGUGUUGGUAGAUGUACAAAAGGAAUGUAUUUAUAAUUAUUAAAAAUUUCAAAUAAAGAAUAGUUUUAAAAUUUAUUUGAUUAUAUAUUACUGUUAGAUUCAGAAGGAUUACAAAAUCCAAAUUAAUAAGAUUCAGAAUUUGAUAAAAGACUUGCUCUUUUUAUUAUUUCUAUUAGUGAUAUAAUAAUAUUAAAUGUAAAGGGUGAAAUUAAUUUAGAAUUUCACAAUUUGAUUGAAAUGUGUUUGUUCACUUUGGGAAAACACUAAAAAUUAUAAACUUCAAAAUAAAUUAUUUGGUGUUUUAAUUAAAAUAGCUAAACAAAUGAUAAAAAAAAGUUAUAUAAAUAAAUUGAAGAUAUAGUUGAAAAUUUAAAAAGAGAAUCAAAAUAAGAAAUUGAUUUUUCUAAAAUUUCAGGUUGUCAAGAGGAUGAAAUUGAAUUAUUAGGAAUGGCAUCAGUUUCAGAGAAAUGGAAUAAUGUAAAUUGUUUAACAAAAUCAAAAGAGUGGAAUUAAGAAAAAAAAAUUGAAGGAUACUCAAAAGAUGCAUAUUCUGUUGGUAUUAAAUCAAUUUUAAGAUUUAUAUAAAAACAUUAAAAACUUUUAGAUGAAAGAAAAUUAUUUUUAAGUUGGGAUCAUUUUACAAAAAAAGUUGAAGAAUGUUGGUAGAUUGUAUCAAGACUUCCUGAUGUUGUUGAGUUUGCAGAAUUAAAAGAUUAAAGAGACUAUGAAAAAUUAAAUAAAAUUUUACACUCAAAAUUAAAAUAAAAAAAUAUUCAAAUAUCACAUUAAGUAUCAUAGUUAACUUAUAAAAUUCAAAUGUCAAUUAAUAAGGAUGGAAUCUAAAAUUUAGAUUUUUUAAAGAGUGUUAAAAAUACGAUAGAAGGUGCAUUUAAAGAUGAAUCAAAAUAAAUUGAAGAAGAAAUACUUUAAGAACUUAUUAUUGAAACUUAAUCUAUAGGUAUUUCUAAAAAGAUACUUCGAAAAAUGUAAGAUCAUCUUUCAGAAAUAAUAACUAGUCACACUCUUGAAGGUUCUUUAUUAAUUUAAUAAGAAAUCUAUAAAUAUGAAAGAAGAUUAUAAGAAAAAUUAUUGCAUCUAAAAAUAGAGGAAGCCGUAUAAUAAAUUUUAAGUGAUAAAGAAAAAUUAAUUCUUUUUUAAUAAAAUUAACAAAAACGAAAUUCAGAAUUUGAAUAAAUUUGGAUGAAUAUCAUAGAAGGAUCAAAUAAUUAAAUUGAAUUAAUUUUCAAUGAAUUUUAACAAUAAUUAUUUGAUAGCAUUUAUUUAUUCUAAAAAAACUAUAUAUAUAAAUUUGAUAACUAUUUAGACUAUAUUGGUUUUUAUAAAGAAAAAUUUAAUAAGGCUCAUCCAGAAAAAGAAUAAUUAUUAGAACAACUUUCUUGGUAAAUAUUUUAAGAAGAAUUUUAAAAAUAAUCUUUUUUUGCUUUACAAAGAGAAAAUGGAAGAGAGUAUUCUUAUAUAUUUAGUUAAAAAAUAAACUAAAUGAUUGAACUAAUGCCCGAAAAUUGCAUUAUUAAUCCUUUUAUAUAUAUUGCUGAAAAUAAUAAUUAAAAGGUUAUUGAAAAAUCCAAAUUUCUUUAAUCAUCUAAAGGAUAGUAUAUAAGAUUUUAAGAAUUAAUUACAACUUAUAUAAAAUUAAAAUGAGAUGCGAGAAAUAAUUUUUAACUUUUUAAGAUUGGUAAAUUCUUUGUAAAUUGAUUUAGAUUUGUAAUAAGAGUAAAGAAUAAGAAAUACUUUGUAGGAAGGUGAAAAUUUUCCAUAAAAUAAACUUAUAGUUUUUGAAUAUUUAAUUUAAAUUUUUAAUACUUUAAAAAUUAACUAAUAAACUUUCAAACGCCAAGAUUUGUAGAAAAAAGAUAUUAAUUUCUUAUUAUGUUAUUUUCCUAAAAUUAAUUUAAGUUUUGAAUUGGUUUAGAAUAAAGGUUCGGAAGAAUUAAAAAAUUAUAUAAUUAUUUAAGAAGAGCGUGUUUAUACUAAUAAAUUACCUAGAAAUUCAAGUUUAUAUAACUAUUUUGAAUAUAUAAUUUCAUAAAACACGAAAUUGAUGGACGAAUAAACAUUUGCAAGAGAAUUUCCAAGUGAAUUUAAUAAGAUUAUGGAUGAAAAUAAUGGUUGGGAUAAACUUUGUUAAAGCAUAUAUAACCUAAUUAAACAAGAACUUUUCUCAUAAUCAUCUAUAAUGAAAUCAAAUAUUGUUUCUUAGAUGUGGAAAGAAGAAGAUACAACUUAAAUUAAUUCAUCUUUAAUACUAAGAAUAAUGAAUAAAAUUGAAAAUGAAUUGAAAUUCUUUAAUUCUUAAUUUGCUUUUUAUGGUAUAACUAUAAGUAGACUUUUUGAAAGAAAGCUAUAUUGCUAUUCUAUAUUUGCAAUUUGGAGAUUCAUUUGUUAUCAAAAAUGGGAAAUUUAUGAUUAAGAAAAACAACUAUUAAAAAGUUAAAAAUAGUAACUAAAAAUUUUAUAUGAAGAUGAAAUUUUACAAAGAAAAUAAGAAAUGAGUAUUCAAAAGGCAAAGUUUGUAGCAAAAUAAAUUCAAAUAGGUCUAAUAGGAAAAUUUUAUUGUUAAAAUAUAUCUAAAGUUUAAUAGUAUAUUGAAUAGAAAUUGUUAACAUCGUUUGAAGUAAUUUAAUAUCUUGAUCAAUAAUUGUUGAUAAAAAAGAAAAAAAUUGAAACAGUUUAAAAAGAUUUUAGCAAAUAGAUCGAAUUAUAUGUUUUUUAUUAGAAAAAAUUUAUAGAAUUAUACGUUGAAUCAUACAUUCAAGAUAUAAAAGCUGAAAUAUUUAAAAAUUAUUAAAUAAAUGUCAAAAUUUAAGACUAUUUAGAAUAAAUUCUUACAAAAUUGAUGAAAUUAUAUUAGCAAAUAUCAAAUAAUUACAAAAUAAAAGAAUUAAAACUGAAGGAUCUUUUUAAGGAUUAAGAAUUAGAUUAAGCAAAUAUGGAAAAAAGAAUAUUUAUAGAAGUGUUAAAUUUCAUAUUUGGAAAUUAAAUUGAAAACUUAGAUUAAUUUUGUAAACCUUAAAUAUUUGAAAACAAUUAUGAUGAUUGUUUGAUUCCAAAAAUAUAAGAUUAAAUUGUAAAUUCUACAAGUCAAAAAUCAGUAUAUAAAUUAAGCACAUUUUUAGAAUGUCUUUAAGCUGAACUUCAAUUAUUAAGAGACCAAAGAAUAGAGCUUUCGCUAGAGAGAUUUAGUAUCUAAAAUAUUUUGGAUAGCAUAUAAAUUCAUAUGAGAGGAUGUAAUUAAACAUGUCCAAUGUGCAAUAGAAAAUGUGACAGCGAUAAUUUUAAAAGUAAAGAUCAUUAACAUAAAUGUUAAAAUGGGCAUUAAUUAAGAGGUAAUUAACAAUUAUAUUUUAAGGAAUGAAUAGAAUCAUUAUAAAUUCUUAUCCUUCUCUUUUUACUUGUGAAGAAAUAAUUGAUGAAGCAGAGUUAAAAAUAGUCGAAACUAACAGAUUAAAACCUUGGAGAGAGAUCAAAUAGUAUUUUCAAAAUUGGAGUUUUAAAGAUUUAUUAUCAUAAUAAAAAAUAGAAGAAAAUAAAUAAAAAAUGAUGAAUAUAUGGAAUGGAGGAAUUGGAGAAUUAAUAUGUAAAUAAUUAUCAAAAGAAAUGAGAUAAGAGAUAGUUUGUUUAAAAAAAUACGAUAUUCCAAUGAGUUUAUAAACUCAUUCAACUCAUUAUAUAUUUAUCAUAGAUGAUUCAAUUUCAAUGAAGUAAUAUUGGUAGGCAGUUAUAAAAUGUGUUUAGGAAUAAUUUAAAUACCUAAGUAAUAAAAAGAAUGUAAAAGUAAGUGUAAUUAUAUUUGGUACUUCUGCCAGAAUUGUUAUCAAUUGUAAAGAGGUAGAUAUAGAUAAAUAAAUUCCACUUAUAUAAUUUUAAGGAUAAUGGUUUACACAUUUUGGUCCAGCUCUAAAAUUAGCUUAAGAAUUAGUAAUAUAAAAUUAAGAAUUUUCAUAGUAUUUAAAUAUAUUGAUUAUUAGAACUAUGAUUUUAUUUUACACUGAUGGAUAACCUUCUUGGUAUUCAACCGCAGAUGAACAUACAAAGAAUUUCUGUAUGAUUGAAAAAAGAUUUAGAGAUUAAAUUUAUUUUUCAGCUUGUUCAUAACCUAAUGUUUCUUAUUAAUUACAAAAUAUAGUUGAUCGAUUUAGUCAAUCUUUUGCCUCAGCUUAACUAAGAGAAAGAAUUGAACCAUUCUAACUUAAUGAUGUUUGGACAGAAAUUAUUUCUUAGAAUCAUCACAAAUAUUUAGCAUGA